GGCAGUGACUGUAGACACAUUUAAAGAGAAGAGCCCAACAACAAAAUCUGCUGAUCACAAAUAAACACAACACACCAAAUCAUAGCAGUAUGAGCUCAAAGGGUGGCACUGCCCUGUCCCGACGCAACUAUCGCCUGGCAUCCGACACAGACAAACCCAAAGUCACAGGUAUUGUCAAUGAGAAGUUACUGAGUGACUAUCUGCACCAUGUGUUUCCUGCCUCCAGUAAGCAGGGACCGGCAUCAGCAGCGUACAGAAAAACCCUGACGUUCCAGGAUCUCGGAGCUCAUCUGGAGAAGCUGCUGGCUGAAGAUAAUGUCGCUGAGGACAGCAGAGAUCAGAUAGAAGGCUGUCUUGGACCUUCAACUGUUGUCCUGGAUCACAGUAGUGGGUUUGAAGGGCUGUUAUUUGUUGACGAUGACCUUCUGGGGGUCAUCGGCCACAGUAACUUCAGCUCCAUUAGAGCCACCACAUGUGUCUACAAAGGGAAAUGGGUCUAUGAAGUUCUCAUCUCUUCUCAAGGCCUAAUGCAAAUCGGAUGGUGCACAUUGAACUGCAGAUUCAACCAAGAGGAAGGGGUCGGGGACACACCGGACUCGUACGCUUAUGACGGAAACAGAGUUCGCAAAUGGAAUGUGACAACCACCAACUACGGCAAGUCCUGGGCUGCUGGUGAUAUCGUCAGCUGUUUGAUAGAUUUGGAUGAGGGAACCAUUACGUUUUGUCUUAAUGGGCAGUCUCUCGGUGUUGCAUUCAGCAAUAUUAAGACGGGGCCGGGUGUCGCAUAUUUCCCUGCGAUCAGCCUUUCCUUCAAAGAGUCUGUAGCCUUCAAUUUCGGCAGCCGUCCUCUCAGGUACCCUGUGGAAGGUUACCUUCCUCUUCAAAGCCCACCAACCACUGACCUCAUCAAAGCCAACAGGCUUCUGGGAUACCUCAAGACAGUUCUGUCCACCUCCAUCGACACACAGGAGGACAAGCUUGUGGAGAGAGACAGCGGAACCUGGCAGAUUCAAGGAGAUCCCACCAUCCUGGUCACCCUUGCACACAUAUUCAACCACUUUGCACCUCUUAUGUGUAAAGUGUACUUAGUGGAGGAUGUGCUGAUGAACUUCCUAUUGAGUAUAUUGGAGGGUGGAGGAUCUGUCGAAGAACAUCCUCUUAUACAACAGCUGCUGGACCUUUUCUGGCUUCUCAUGGAGGACCACGAGGUGAGCGAGUGUCUGAAACAGCUGAUGAUGUCACUGCUGAGAGCGUAUCGUUUCUCUCCCAUCAUCCCUGAUCUGGGCUUUCAGAUUCAUUACCUUCGUCUGACCACAGCGAUACUCCGGCAUGAGAAAUCCAGGAAGUACCUGCUCAGCAAUGUUCUGUUUGACGUGCUCCGUUCUGUGGUGUUCUUCUACAUAAAGACCCCUCUGAGAGUGAAGGAGGCAGGGUUGGAGGAGCUCAUCCCGACCACCUGGUGGCCAACACGCUUCGACAAAGAGGGCAAAGAUGAGAGAGACACGCGCGAGGAGACGGCCGACGAGAGGCUGAGACGGCGAGCGUACGAGCGCGGCUGUCACAGGCUGAAAAAGAGGAUUGAGGUUGUGGAGGAGCUGCAGGUUCAGAUCCUGAGGUUAAUGCUGAACAACAAAGAUAAGGGGACGGGCGAAGCAUCUCGAUACAUUUUCCUGAACAAAUUCCGCAAGUUCCUUCAAGAGAACGCCAGCAAUAGAGGGAACCCCACAGUGUUGUGUCCUCCUGAAUACAUGGUGUGUUUCUUACACCGGCUCAUCACGGCCAUCAGGAGCUACUGGGAUGAAGGGAAGAGAAAAAGCCCAGGAUCCAUCAACAGUGAAGAUGCAUACGUGCCCCCUCAGCUCUUCUACAACGGGAAGGUGGAUUACUUUGACCUUCAGCGUUUAGGAGGACUCCUCUCGCAUCUGAAGAAAACGCUUAAAGAUGACCUGGCUGCAAAAGCCAACAUCAUCAUAGACCCGGCGGAGAUCCAGGCCACAUCCAUGGAUGAUUUGGAUGAAGAUGAGGAAACUGGAGCUGCACAGAGACCGUCUGGCGCUGUGGCCAUGGGUGGCGCUUUGGCCCGUCCCAGCUGGUUGAGUUCCCCGACGCUGGGCAGAGCCAACCGCUUCCUGAGCACUGCUGCAGUCAGCCUCAUGACCCCUCGACGACCCCUCGCCCCGCCGGAGAAGGUCAAAGUCCGGACACUUGCUGUGGAGCAGAGAACCGAGGAAGACAUCGAGGGAAGCCAUGGUAACGAUGGGCUGUUGCUGGGGCGACCGUUAGAAGAGCCUGACCAGCCAAUCACAGAGAAGUCCCUGCUGGAGAUUCUGGAUGGGGUUGUGAUGAUGUACAAUCUGAGCGUUCAUCAGCAGCUUGGCAAGAUGGUGGUUGUAUCGGAUGAUGUUCAUGAGUACGCAGUCGCCCUAAAGGACACGGACGAGAAGAUCGCCCGAUGCCCGAGCAGAAGGCCGGAUAUUUUAGAAGAGUUGCAGAAGAGCCAAAAAGUGUUCGCUGAAAAGCUGAACCACCUGAGUCGUAGGUUGGCUUGGAUCAACGCCACCAUCUACUCAAAGGAAAAGAUGCUGGACGUGUACUGGCUCCUGCGGGUGUGUAUCCGCACCAUCGAGCAUGCGGACAGCACAGGCUCCCUGUUCGCAUUCAUGCCCGAAUUCUACCUCAACGUGGCCAUGAACAGCUACAGCGCCCUCAAAAACUACUUCAGCCCCUCCAACUGCAUGGAAGAACUUCCAGGUUAUGAGGACACGCUCACUCAGCUCGCAGCCAUUCUCGCCAAACACUUCGCUGAUCCGCGUAUCGUUGGCACUGAUAUCAAAGAUUCACUGAUGCAGGCUUUAGCCAGUUAUGUGUGUUACCCACAAUCCCUGCGUGCCGUGGAAAGGAUCCCAGAAGAACAGCGGAUGGCUAUGAUGAGGAACUUACUGGCUCCAUAUGAACAGAGACCUUGGGCUCAAACCAACUGGAUCCUGGUUCGUCUUUGGAGGGGUUGUGGCUUUGGCUACAGGUACACACGUCUGCCUCAUUUGCUAAAGACCAAACCGGAGGAUGCAAACUUGCCCAGCCUGCAAAAGCCCUGUCCGUCACUUCUGCUGCAGAGACACAUGGCUGAACUCCUUAGUCAAGACAAAGACAUGGCUGCCAGUUUCCUCAACAGCGUCUUAAACCAGCUCAACUGGGCCUUCUCCGAAUUCAUCGGCAUGAUACAGGAGAUCCAACAGGCAGCAGAGCGGCCUGAGAGGAAUUUCGUGGACACGCGGCAGUUAAAGGUGUGCGCGACUUGUUUUGACCUUUCUGUCAGUCUGUUACGAGUCCUGGAGAUGACCAUCACUCUAGUGCCGGAAAUAUUCUUGGACUGGACCCGCCCCUCCGCCGAGCUGCUGCUACGCCGAUUGGCUCAGCUCCUGAACCAGGUGUUAAAUCGAGUCACGGCAGAAAGAAACCUCUUUGACAGGGUGGUCAACCUGCGCCUCCCAGGCCUGGAGAGUGUUGAUCACUACCCCAUCCUAGUGGCUGUUACAGGGAUAUUGGUGCGCAUUCUGGUCGACUCUGAUAAACAGGGGAUCUCAAGGGCUGCAUCUGUGCUGCUGUCGGAUCCUUGCUUCCAGCUUCGCUCCAUCCAGUACCUGCUCGGAGAAGGAGACGCCGGAGCUGCCAGCGCCGACCGCAAACACUUCUCUCUGCAUGCAUAUACGGACUACAUUAGCACGGAGGAAGAGCAGAAGGUAGAACAGAUGCUAACUUUCCUGACAGAGGAGUCCAAGCAGGCAGCUGCCAGCACAGCGCCAACCAGCGAGGACGAUCUCUGCCCGAUCUGCUAUGCACACUCCAUAUCAGCCAUCUUCAAGCCCUGCUCCCACAAAUCCUGCAAGGCCUGUAUCAAUCAGCACUUGAUGAACAACAAGGACUGCUUCUUCUGCAAGGCCACUAUCACUGGAGUGGAUGAUUACACCAAACCAGCCAGCUCUUAGUGUGCCCUUCACACACACACACACACAAACGUACACGCGCACGCAUUUGGUGUUCAAAAAUCCACAUUAUGUACACUUUCCCCAAAGACUUCACUUCAAAAACACACAUAUUCAGGUUGGACUUAUUGUUUCCACUCAGUCCAUGUAUGGUCAUCAUCUCGUCGCUGUUGGUUCUGCCAGCAUAGCCCAUCUGCAACUGGUGUAUCAUAACAUUUUAUCCUCUGACGAAUGGAACGAGGCCUUGCAAGGCAAUGGUUCUUCCCAGGCAUCUUUGUGAUGAAUGGAUAAAAUCCUGUUUAGAGCCAUGCGCUCAUGGUGCUUCUGAAGGAGCAGCAGAAAAGCUGGUAGUGAUGGAGAGUCUCUCGGCAUUGUCUCAGUCUUUUCCCAUUUCUUCUCAGCUCAUUUUCUCAUCUCCUCUCUGCUCAUUUCUCUUUUAUCCUUUCAUCUAAUCUAUUGUUGUCUUCUCUUUUCUCUUCUCCAUUUUCUCAUCUCUUUUUUUUUGCUUCACCUCAUAUUGUCUCAUCUUCAUGUUUCAUCUCUCCCAUCUGUUUUCCUAUCGUCUCUUAACUUCAUCCCACCUCGUUUUGUCUCAUCUCCUCUCUUUUGUGCUCAGCUGUUCUGUCUUGUCUCAUCUUUUCUCCUCCCAUUUAGUUUCUGCUCAUGUUUUAAACUCUCUUCAUCUCCUCUCCUCAUCUAUACUCUCAUUUCAUCUACUGUAGUCUUGUCUCAUUCUCGUCUUUUCUUUCAUUCUUAUCUCUUCUGUUCUCGUCUCAUUCUCAUAUUUUUCUCUUCACUUCUCAUCUCUUCUUGUCUCAUUCUCAUCUCUUCUGUUCUCGUCUUGUCCUCGUAUUUUCACUUCUCGUCUCAUUCUCAUCUUUUCUCGUCUUAUUCUCAUCUCGUCUCAUUUUUGUCUCAUUCUCAUCUCAUCGCUUCUUGUCUCAGUCUCAUUCUCAUCUCUUCUCAUCUCGUUCUUGUCUGAUUCUCAUCUCAUUUUUGUCUCUUCUCAUUCUUGUCUCUUCUCUUCACGUCCCAUUCUCUUCUUGUCUCACAAGCUCUGGUUAUAUUAUCAUAUCAGGAAGUCAAAUAUAAACUCAGUACUAAUGAACAGUUUUUCACAUCACUCUGUGUAUUUGCUAAUGUUUUUAUACUCAAAACUGACAGCCAUAUUUGACAUAGAUGACAACAUGUAGUGUCACACUAAGCAGAACCUACAAUCGUUUCUGAUUGUUGUACAUGAUUUUCUACAUGAAAGAAACGAGGAAAAAGAAACGCAUCUACACAAAGCUGUUAGGCACACCUGUCAUAUAAUAUGUGAUAAAUGUCUUUUAUUACGGAUUUAUAAAGCAUCAUACAGGAUAAAGAAGACAGUUUCAGGACAUGGAGAGUUUACACAGAGACGUAAAUGCAAUUUGAUCUGUGAGACGGUGAUAACAGUUCCUGUUUGAGAGAAAUGCUUUGAUUUCCCACCAACACUUGUUCGUUCUGCUCUCGGCUACAUUUUCUCAGUUCGGACGGCUUUCACGUUUGAUCCGUCGUUAUAAUGGUGUGGUGUAUUUGUGAAUGUUCUCAAACAAGCCUCAGCUUUCUUCAUACCCAGAUCUUUCCUUCAGUCUGUUCCAUUAGGAGUGCCUAGACUGCUGUUUUUGUUACAGAACACCAACAGACAUCUAGAUUUAAGUGCUUUGCUGUUGUGUGCAUGGGGUUAUCUUUCCCAGAAUCCUUUGCUAAUGGAUUAUGUUGCAACUCAGGCUCUGCCUGCACUCAGAAUCCAUUGCCUUGCCACAGCUCCCUUAAAAGGAUAUUCAGCCAUUGACAACUGCAAUUUUCUACACCAAAUAAAAGUCUAGUGGUGCGACCCAGUUUUAAAACCCACAAAAAAUUAGAUGGAGUGAGCCAAUACUGGAGGUGGACCUCAGCUUUGACUGUCACAAUGCAGUAUGCAAUUGUUAAAAGAACUUGUAUAGAAUUCAUCAGACGCUUCUUACUAAUGCACACAGACUGUUUAUUUAACACGCAGCCAAUUUGCUACGACCGAUGUACCACUGAACUUCCAAACACUGUAUAAAACUGAUAAUAAGUAUGAAUUAUCAAAACCAAAAGAGUAUUUGGGUCACUACUUCUCUCAUUUGGACUGUUAAAGCAUUUCUCACAGUGUGGUGUAAUGUUGUUUUUAAAAAGGGGGUGCAUGAUCUGAAUGUAGGACCCCCCUCUAUAGUUUACUUAAAGUGUGUGUGCGCGUUUGCGGUGAGCGUGUGCCCACGACUUUAAUUUAAGGGUUUCCACUCUCAGGCAUCUGCUAUUGUUGUCAAAGGGAAUUUUAGAUUAGUAAAGCAAUAUUUAAAGGACUGUUGAUGUUUUUUUGUUUUGUUUAGAAAGAGAGGACAUGGCAAUUUUUGGUUCUUUCACUUUUUGUGAGAGUGUACAUGUAUUGAUGUAAUAUUAGCAUUAAAUUAUUUAUCCUAAA